CAUCCUCUCCCCUCCUCUCUUGUGCUCGCCUUCUCUGCAAUGGUCUUGCCCUUCCACGCUCCGCUUCCUGGCCACAUGAAUCCACGCAAAUACUCGUUUUCCAUGGCGAUUUUAUUCUUAUUAUACGCUUUGGUUUCCAGAGACUCGACAGCCUUGCCCUCCCAGCGCAGGACUUUCAGUUCUUCCGCUUAUGACGGCGCCUUCAUCGCCGACCGGAGAUGUUACGAUCCGGAAGACGACGAGGUGACGACUUCCUUGUCUUUGGCGGUUUGCAAGAACCAGACUCGCCGAGGAACGACGGCGGAGGAGGACUGCUCGGUGUGGAGCAAGGAUUGUUCAGAGGCGGUGCUGAGCAUAGCGCGGCAGCCGGAGAUAGGAGAGUGGUUGAGAGGUGUGAGAAGGAGGAUCCACGAGAAUCCGGAGCUAGCUUUUGAGGAGUACGAGACGAGCCGUUUGAUAAGGGAAGAACUGGAUCUGAUGCAAGUUAGUUAUCGAUAUCCUCUAGCCAAGACCGGAAUUCGAGCCUGGAUCGGCACCGGAGGACCACCGUUUGUUGCGAUCAGAGCUGACAUGGAUGCGCUUCCUAUUCAGGAGGGCGUGGAAUGGGAGUACAAAUCCAAAGUUGCUGGCAAAAUGCAUGCUUGUGGGCACGAUGCCCAUGUGGCCAUGCUGAUUGGUGCUGCCAAGAUCUUGAAGAGCCGCGAGCAUUUAUUAAAGGGGACUGUAAUCCUGAUAUUCCAGCCAGCGGAGGAAGCGGGUAAUGGAGCCAAGAGAAUGAUACAGGACGGUGCCUUAGAGGACGUGGAGGCUAUAUUCGCUGUUCACGUGUCCCAUGAACAUCCAACUGCCAUAAUUGGAUCCAGGCCCGGCCCUCUGCUUGCCGGCUGUGGAUUUUUCAGGGCCGUGAUUAGUGGGAAGAAGGCUCGCGCCGAUAACCCCCACCGCUCCGUUGAUCCUGUUCUGGCCGGUUCCGCUAUUGUCACCAGCUUGCAGGGUAUUGUCUCUCGCGAAGCCAAUCCAUUGGACUCACAGGUUGUCUCGGUCACUUCAUUCAAUGGAGGCGACAGUCUGGACAUGAUACCGGACACGGUGGUCCUAGGUGGAACCUUCAGAGCUUUCUCCAACACUAGCUUUUAUCAGCUUCUUGAAAGGAUAGAGCAGGUGAUUCUGGAACAGGCCAGUGUGUACAGAUGCUCGGCGGAAGUGGACUUCUUUGAAAAGGAAUAUACCAUCUAUCCUCCCACAGUUAACGAUGACCGAAUGUACGAACAUGUGAAAAAGGUGUCCAUGGAUUUGCUGGGUCCGUCGAAUUUCCGGCAAGUUCCACCGAUGAUGGGUGCAGAAGAUUUCUCGUUUUACUCAGAGGUGGUUCCGGCGGCUUUCUUCUACAUCGGAAUUAGGAACGAAACGUUGGGAUCUACUCACACAGGACACUCCCCAUACUUCAUGAUCGAUGAAGACGUUCUUCCCAUAGGUGCUGCUACUCAUGCCGCCAUUGCAGAGAGAUACCUCCUCGAACAAGGUUAACGUCCAAAGCAUUAACGUGUUUCCCAGCUUGCACAUAAAUUUACACGCUCUUUCCAGUUAAGGUUGCGAAGCCUUUUUUCCCCUUGUGGAGGGUAGGGCGGCCCGUGGACAUGGACUUUGCUUUUCGCCAUUUCCCCGUCUAUAUUUUCUCUUUACUUUUCAUCUCAACUAUUGAAUCCAUCCAUUUUUGAAUGGUUGAGAUUAGUGUUUCAUAAAAUUAAUUACUUUAUUUAUUAUAUCCCGUGUUCAUCAAUGUUGAAUGGAGGAAAGUCAGGUGCCGCGGACAUUGAGCACCCAGAACCAAAACAUUAACGUUGGCGGUUGUCUCGAUACCUUCCUCAUCUAGACAGUUUUGGAGCACGAUGUCUCUAGAUAUAGAUUAAUAAGGAGGUUCAUUUUAUUAUA